AUAACUGGUAUCGUCUACUGGUCUUUCCAUAGAUUAAAUUUCUGGCGUCGCUCUGCCGUAUUUUAUCCGUCCUGGUUUCUCUAUAAAUAUCCUGCUGCAGCGGUUGUUAGCUCUUUCUCCUUCCGAACAAGCUAUGGCGAGGACAUCGGGCUGGAACACUACGGCAGCGGUGGUGACCGGGGCCGCCUGCGCCCUGGCCGGGGCCGCUCUGGCCGGAUACCUUUUGUCCGGCCGGCGCCCAAAGAAACGGACCAAGAUCAUUGAAAUGGUAAAGAUUUACAAGGUGAUGUCAUGCUUUUCACAGAUGGAGGAACUCCAGAAGGAGAAUGUUUACAUCAAGGAUGCAGAGAGAGUGGAGAAACUUCUGUGUCAGCUCAUCCAGGAUGGCAAGAGUAAACUACAGAUAAUCACGGACUUUGACAUGACAUUGUCUCGUUUCUCCAUCAAUGGGAAGCGGUGUGCCACGUGUCACAAUGUACUAGAAAACUCGAGCCUGGUGCCUGAGUCAAAAAAACAAGUUCUGGAUGAAUUGAGAGAUACCUACUACCCUAUAGAGAUCAAUGCCAAGAUGACAAUAGAGGAGAAGAUCCCAUUCAUGAUGGAAUGGUGGACAAAGGCUCAGUCAACUAUUGUUGCAUGCAACUUCCGGAGGGAAGACCUCACCAGAGCUGUCAGGGAGUCUAAUGCUAUGCUCAGAGAUGGUUGUGACUGGCAGUUCAGCACUCUCCAUGAGCACAAGGUUCCGAUGUUGAUCUUCUCGGCAGGGAUCGGAGACAUUCUGGAGGAGAUCAUCAAGCAGCACUCCCAGAUGUACGCCAACAUGAGGGUGGUGUCCAACUACAUGGACUUCAACCAUGAUGGUAUGUUGGUGGGUUUCAAGGGAGACCUUGUGCACACAUACAACAAGAAUGAGGGAGCCCUGCGGAAUUCGGACUACUUUACAACACUAAAGGAUCGCCGUAAUAUCAUCCUGAUGGGAGACUCCAUGGGUGAUCUCAGGAUGGCUGACGGGGUGCCAAACAUGCAACAUAUCCUCAAGAUAGGCUUUCUCAAUGACAAUAUUGAGGAGAGGUUAGAGAAAUACAAGGAAGCGUAUGACAUUGUGCUAGUGUCAGACAGCACCAUGGAUGUACCAAAUGCUAUUUUGAAAAAGAUUCUAUAGAGGCAAUAUUGUCACUAUCCUUAGAGAAUACAUAGGCCACAUGGGGUAAGCUUGGUUUUAUGUAGGUACAUCUGGAGGCAUUGGAUUCAGCUGUGGAGUUCAGCACUUCCAAGUGCAGUUCAAUUCCACGGCUGUGGACGAACAUCAUGAUUUUUUUUGGAACUGAGUCCAGUGCAAUGGAGCACCUUAUUCUUAUGUCCAUAGCAGCAAAAGUAAUUUUUAGUGGUUAGGAUCAAGCAUUAAGCUAUGAUAUUUUAAGUACCAACUAUUUACUAGAAAAGGUGACCUACAGCCAGAAAUAUUAUGGUAAGGUUUGAUAUCAAAUGUGAUGAAGUCUACAACCAUGGACAAGCCAACAUCCUUUCACAAAUGAUAAAUUCCAUGGCCAAUUCCAAUUUGCCAGACAUACCUCUAUCAUAAAGGUAUACACAUGCACAUGAGUUACAAAUAGGUUUCUGUCACCACACACGAAGCAAUUUCUUGGUUGCUGGUUACUGGGGUAGAUGAAAAUCAAUCUAAUGUAUCUAUGAUAUGUUUGUGUGGCCAUUUUGGGGGGGAGGGGGUAGUUUUACUAAUGUUGUCAACGGGUCGUUGACUUUAAGAUGAUAACUCUAAUGGAAAACUUUUAAAGAUUUUUUCUUUGUACAAGAAAAAAGGAAAUUUUGAAAUUUUAAAGCACAUUUAGAGACGUGACAAAAAACA